AUGACUCUCGUUGCGGAUUCCCAGCUCCAUCUCCCCUCUCAAGAGCGAGUCGAGCCCGGCUCAGUCAACAUCCCUCUCGGCAAGUUUCCUCCAACAUGCUCGACAACCCCGGAGAACCCGGACCAGAUUGCAGGCGGCAUAGUUGAUCGCCUGAACGACGCUCUGGCCAAGAAAGAGCGACAGACGCUCUCGGACCUUUUUCUUGAGAACAGUUACUGGCGCGAUCACCUUUGUUUCUCAUGGGAUUUCCAUACCAUCUCGGGUCCGGAACAAAUAACUGCCUAUGUAAGCGAGGUGUCUUCGACCAAGCUCGAAAUCGACCGAUCCUCUGCAAUGAAAGCACCACAUGCGGGUCCUAUUGAUGCCUUUGGCGAGGUUCAUGGAAUCGAGUUCUUUAUCACUAUUGAGACGGACGUCGGACGCGGAAGUGGAGUCAUCCGGCUAGCCCAGGACGACAGUAAAUGGAAAAUUUUCAAUAUCUUCACCUCCCUGGCCGAGCUGAAGGAUCAUGCAGAGGUAGUGGACCGCCAUCGACCAGUGGGUGUGAAGCAUGGGGAGCAGCAAGGCAGAAAAAACUGGCAGGACCGACGAACGGCGGAUAUAAACUUUGAAGAGAAGGAACCCGCAGUAGUAAUUGUCGGAGCCGGUCAAGGUGGUCUCACUGCUGCUGCCAGGCUGAAGAUGCUCGAUGUGGAUACCCUUAUUAUUGACCAAGAGGACCGAAUUGGGGACAGCUGGCGCCGACGAUACCACCAGCUCGUUCUCCAUGAUCCUGUGUGGUUUGAUCACAUGCCCUACCUUCCUUUCCCAUCCACAUGGCCCAUUUUCACUCCAAAAGACAAACUGGCCGAAUUUUUCGAAUCAUAUGCCAAGUUGCUGGAGUUAAAUGUUUGGACCCGCACCGAGAUAAAGUCUUCUUCGUGGGAUGAGUCCAAGAAACAGUGGACGGUGGUCGUUGAGCGCAGGCAAGAGGAUGGAAGUGUUGGCACUCGCACUCUGCAUCCACGCCACGUCAUCCAAGCAACAGGACACUCGGGCAAGAAGAACGCACCGUCUUUCAAGGGAAUGGAGGGUUUUAAGGGAUCUCGCAUCUGUCACAGCUCCGAGUUCGAUGGCGCAGACGCAAACUCCAAGGGCAAAAAGGCCGUUGUGAUUGGAUCCUGUAACUCGGCACACGACAUUGCGCAGGAUUACUACGAGAAAGGGUGGGACGUCACGAUGGUACAGCGAAGCACAACCUGCGUUGUUUCAUCUGACUCGAUCGUCAACAUUGGUCUCAAGGGUCUCUAUGAAGAGGGUGGUCCCCCCACGGAGGACUCUGAUAUAUUCUUGUGGAGCAUCCCGCCUGCGCUCUUCAAAGUGCAACAGACAAAAGUGGCUGCUGCGCAGGCUCAAAAUGACGCAAAGACCAUCGAGGGGCUCGAAAAGGCCGGGUUCAAGGUCGACAGAGGCCCAAUGAAUGCAGGUCUCCUGAUGAAGUAUUUGCAACGUGGAGGCGGAUAUUAUAUCGACGUGGGUGCUAGUCAGUUGAUCGCUGAUGGGAAGAUCAAGGUCAAACAAGGCCAGGAAAUCAGCGAGAUCCUUUCGAAUGGUCUCAGAUUUGCGGAUGGCUCGGAGUUGGAAGCCGAUGAGAUUGUUUUAGCCACGGGAUAUCAGAAUAUGAGAACGCAGGCACGCAGCAUUUUCGGCGACGAGGUUGCUGACCGCGUGGGUGACGUUUGGGGGUUGGACCAGGAGGGUGAAAUGCGCACUAUCUGGAGACGCAGCGGCCACCCCGGCUUCUGGUUUAUGGGUGGAAACUUUGCCUUGUGCAGGUACUAUUCACGACUACUGGCUCUGCAGAUCAAGGCCUUGGAGGAAGGAAUUGCGAUCUACUAG